AUGCUUUUCUCUUCCAACAUUCUUGCUUUGAUCCCCAUCCUGCCACUCGCGCUUGCGGCCCCAACAGAGCGGUCCGACGCGGACGUCGAGGCAGCACCCCUUCUUCCUGAUGGCCUGCCCUUCCCGAGUCCAGAGCAGCUUCAGAAGAUCGAGCAAGAUGCUCAUGGAACCCUUCCAGGGCUUCCUCUACCCAUCACCAAUAUCAGCACUACAGGCACGAGCAACUUGCAGCUCCUCGCCUUCCAGGAAUUUGUCGAGGUUGCCUUCUUCCACGAGCUUGUUGGAAACAUCACCCGCAAUGUCGAGGGCUACGGUUUCGCCACCGACGUUGAUCGAGAGUUCGCCCUUCGGAGCCUGCAAACCAUUAUUGCACAAGAGCAAGUGCACGCCUUGACUGCCAACGACGCCCUAGGCCACUUCGGUAUUAAGCCUAUCGAGCCAUGCCAGUACAACUUCCCUGUCACGACCCUCAACGACGCCAUCGAACUGGCUACAACCUUCACGUCGCACUCUAUUGCAACUCUUCAAGACAUCUCGGAACGAUUUGCAGCCAGCGGUGACGCUGCCCUCGUCCGGGUGGCUACAAGCAUUGUUGGCAACAAGGGUUCUCAACACGGAUGGCUCAGAGUAUUCCAGGACAAGUACCCCAGUGAGCUUCCGACUAUGACAACAAGCGAUGUUAACCUCGCCUUCACCUGGGCUCAGAGCUUCGCUCUCCCUGGCAGCUGCCCCAACAUUCGUGACAUCAAGCUGCGAACAUUCUUGCCUUUGGAGAUUGUGACCCGACCUGAGGCUCGGACACACAAGAUCCGCAUCUCAUGGACCCACGGACCCGAUGACAAGAAGGACGACCUUCUGUGGCUCGCCUACACCAACCAGCUGAACGUACCCAUUGUCGUUCCGGUGCAGGUUAUUGCUUGCGAUGGUGUCAAAUCCACUGCUGUUGCCACUCUUCCGUACGACGAGUUCCUGCUCAACGGUCUGACGGUUGCAGCGGUUGUCAAUCGCAGGGGACCCUUCGCCAAUGCGGCUGCUGUCGCUCAAUCGACGGUCUAUGGACCAGCCAUGUUUAUCAUUGAAUAA